UUCAGUUGCAAUCUUGCUACGGACCGAAACGGGCUUAAAAACUUCAAAUAACAGUCUUAGGUACUUCAUAGUAUUAUACCUACCAAACCAACCUACCUACUAGAUAGUGCGGGAAUCCUUAAAAAUUGAACAAAAGAUACAAAAUUUAUAAAGUCUCCACAAACGGGAACGGUUUUUUCGCCAUAACCAAAAAAUAAAAAGAUAUACAAUUAUAUUUUUGCCAUAACAGCGAAAACACCAACAACAACAACAACCAAAACGGCUUUAAGUGGGUUUCUUUUGCGGGAAAGAAACACUUGCCAUCUGUUUUCGCACUACAAAACGAGUCCAACACGGUCUCUUUAGAUUCAGUGAAUUUGUCGUCGUCGUCGUUGUUGCAGUAGCAAGCACCUAGCAGUAGUUAGCAGCGCUACCAGUUGUCAGCGGAAUAAAAAACAAGGAUUAUAUUUUAAUUCAUUAAAACAAAAACACCCCCUCUCACCACAACAAAACAAACCAAUUUUUAUAUAAAAUGGCCGAUCAACUAACAGAAGAACAAAUCGCCGAAUUCAAAGAGGCAUUCUCGCUAUUCGACAAAGAUGGCGAUGGCACCAUCACAACAAAGGAAUUGGGAACAGUUAUGCGAUCGCUAGGUCAAAAUCCAACAGAGGCUGAACUUCAAGAUAUGAUAAAUGAAGUCGAUGCCGAUGGUAAUGGAACAAUUGAUUUCCCUGAAUUCUUAACAAUGAUGGCACGUAAAAUGAAGGAUACCGAUAGUGAAGAAGAAAUUAGAGAAGCAUUCAGAGUAUUCGAUAAGGACGGUAAUGGCUUCAUUUCGGCGGCCGAAUUACGCCAUGUGAUGACAAAUCUUGGUGAAAAACUCACAGAUGAAGAAGUAGACGAAAUGAUCCGAGAAGCUGAUAUCGAUGGUGAUGGUCAGGUCAAUUACGAAGAAUUCGUGACUAUGAUGACAUCGAAGUGAGCUGCUAAUUUACUUCUUUUUAAGCCUUUCUAUUUGUUUAAGAUGUUGAUGAAGACUGUAGCUGUGCGCAGGAACAUCGCGCGACGCUGUUGCUAUGGAUAACAUCAUUAAAGUAUAAAAAAAAAUUAUAUAAAAAAGAAAACAAAUUAUUAAUUAAAAUUUAAAUAAAAAGAAACAUUUAAAAAUAAAUAAAAAGAAAAAAAAAAUACAAAAAAGUCUAUAUAAAUGAAAAACCCAACAACAACAACAAAAAACAAGAAAAUCUUACUGUAUAAUUCAAUUUUAAAAUUAAUGAAAAACAAAACUUAAUAAAUAAAUAUAUAUAUAAAAAAAAAAACACUUUCGAUAUAAUUGAAUUAAAACAAAAAACAAACGUAUAUAUAAAACAAACAAAAAAAUUAAAUUAAAUUAAAUUAAAAAUGAAAUGAAAACUGUAACACAAUUUUAAUUAAGUAAAUUUAACAACAAAAGAAAGAUUUAUUAUAAAUUAUCAUUUAAAUAACAUAAAACAACAACAAGAAAAAAAACUUUGAAAAAUGGAAUGAAGAAAAUACAAAACUUAAUAUUUUUAAUCGCUAAUACACACGGAUAUACAAAUACACAAAAACAAAACACUAAACACAACAAAUAUAUGCAACAUGUUACAACAACAACAAAAAACAAAAAUAAUAACAUCCGAAAUUAACAUUUUAAAAAAAUCCUUUUUUGAAAAAGAACGCAAACAAAUAGUUGCAAAUUAAAAAUAAUUAUAAUAAAUAAAACAAAUAAACAACAACAAAAAAAUAUUGUCUUCUAGCAAAAACAAAAAGAUUUGUAUAUUCUUAAACAACUUCCUUCUUGAAUUCCAAUUUUCAAAUUCUCUAUACUAUAUUUCAUUCCUGGAAUAAACCUUUUUUUACAUUAUUAUUCUUUCUUAAAAACGCUCUCCAAUGGUUCACGCCCCUUUUUAUCACUUCUUAGUAGAACAACAACAAUAAAAUUAUUUUGCAUUGAUUUAUUUUGUUUCCAAUUUAUUAAUUAUAAUUAAUACAUAAUAUACGGAUUUGUUUUUUGUUUUACUUCUGUUAAAUUGAAUUUAUUUCUCAUUUAUAACUCCUCCCGAGACGAGUGACCUGACCUGACACCUGAUCUGAUCUGACCUUUACCUAAAAACCUGAACGUCAAGGUAAAAUUUCGUUUCGUCUAAAUUAUUUAUUAUGAAAAACUUUAAAUUAAUGAAAAUGAAAUGAAAUGAAAAAAAUGGCAACGAUGGGAAGGUGUUUCGUUCCCCCAGCUCCCACAAUUGAUACCAUAAACACACACUCACCCAACAAAAAACAACAACAACUCCACAAUAAACAAACAAAAAAAAAUAUAUUACAAAAUUUAACAAUCACCACCUGAUAAACCAAAAUAUUAAACUUAAAAAUAAAAUUUAAAACUACUAUUCCUUUUAUUUUUAUACUUAAAAUUAAUUUGUUUUUCUUAUUUAAAUCUUUUUUGUAUUGAAUGCAUUUUUAAUAUAUUUAAUUUUUAAGGAUAAUAUAGGAAUUUUUCAUAACGUUUUUGGAAAAUUUUUAGCCUAUCCAAAUUCAGUUGCAUAUUUAUUAAAAAAAAAAGGAAAAGUUAAGUGUCUUCGUUUUUAUUUGUUUUUAUUUAUUUUUUAAAUUUAUCCUUCUAGUUAACAACAACAUAAAUCAUAACAAUAUCAACAGAACAACAACAACAAAAAUAUAUAUAUAUUUGUUUCUUCCUUUUUCUGUCUAUGAAAAUAUGUAUAAAUUAUAUAUAUUUACCUAACAAAAAUUAUACUGAGAACAAAGAAAACAGUCUCGUAAAAAAAGAAAAAUAUAUAUAACAAAAAACAUUUAACAACAAAUGAAAGAAAUGGAAAAAAUUAAAUUUGAAUAAAAGCAAAGAAAAAUAAACAUGAAAACAAAAAACAAAAAUAUUUAAGCAACAUUUUGGGCCUUUAUAUAGCUAAACUAUAUGACUAUUACUCACUACUUAAAUGUUUUUAGUGUAGAAACAAAGAAAUAAUAAAAAUAUAAAUUUAAAAAAAUAAAAUAUAUAAAAAAACACUUAACAAAAAGACAAAAAAAAAACAUUUUGAAUUUUUGCUAUAAUAACAAAACCAAACAAAAUAAAAAUAAUAAAAAAAAGAACAAACCCAAAAUUUAUUUAAAUUAUUAACAAAACAAAAGAAAAAAAAAACAACUUAUCAAUUGCAACAGAAAUCAUUUAUAUAAUUUUCUUUUCUAUAUAUUUAUAAUUAUCUUAUUCAAAUUAAUUUAAAUAAAACCAACAAAAAAAACUAUAUAUAUAAAUUAAAACAACAACAAACAAAAAUUAAUAAAAACGAUAUCUCUUACCUGCUAAUGGAAUAACACAGGGGUGUGAAACAAAAGUGGAGAGAGACUUUCAAUGAGAAAAAUAAAAGUCGAGCGCAUUUGUUUUUUGGGUUUGAGAA